AUGGACACCAGGAUAGCCCCUGAUGUGUCUUCUGACCCCCUUUCUUCUAUAGUCAUAGCCCCUGAACCUCCUUUGCCCGAUGUGAAACAGUAUGAGGUGGUAUGGCCUCGGCGCCUGGCAACAUCCCGCUCCCGUAGAGACCUGCCCUCCCAUGAGGGCCUGUACCCAGAGAAUCUGAGCUAUGCUCUUGGGACCAGAGGGCACAUUUUCACCUUGCACCUUCAGAAGAACAGGGACCUGCUGGGCUCACGCUACAUAGAGACCUUCUCAGCUGCCAAUGGUUCUGAGGUGAAGGAGCAGCUGCAUGGACAGGACCACUGCCUCUACCAGGGCCAUGUGGAAGGGUACCAGGGCUCAGCUGCCAGCCUUAGCACCUGUGCUGGCCUCAGGGGCUUUUUCCAGGUUGGGACCACUGUCCACUUGAUUGAACCUCUGGAAGGUGAUGAAGAGGGGCAACAUGCAAUGUACGAGGCAAAGCACCUGCAUGAGAAAGCUGGAACCUGUGGGGUCAACACCAGCCUGGAUGACCUAGGACCUCGGGCCUUAGAAAUCUACAGGUCUCAGCCCCGGAACUGGCUAAUCCCCAGAGAAACCCGCUAUGUGGAGCUGUAUGUGAUCACAGACAGCCGAGAGUUCCAGAAGUUGGGGAGCAGAGAGGCCGUGCGCCAGCGAGUGCUGGAGGUAGUAAACCACGUGGACAAGCUUUAUCAGGAACUCAAUUUCCGUGUGGUCCUGGUGGGCCUGGAGAUCUGGAGAUGGGACAAGUUCUCCAUCAGCCCCAGUGCCGAUGAUACAUUGGAGAACUUCUUGACCUGGAGGGAACAGAACUUGCUAGGCCAGCACCCACAUGACAACGUGCAACUUAUCACGGGGGUUGAUUUCACCGGGACCACUGUUGGACUGGCUAAGGUGUCUGCCAUGUGUUCCCGGCACUCAGGAGCUGUGAACCAGGACCACCUCAGGAACCCCAUUGGUGUAGCAUCCACCAUGGCCCAUGAGAUGGGCCACAACUUGGGCAUGACCCAUGAUGAAAACAUCCAUGGCUGCUAUUGUCCUAUACCACGGGAGGCUGGUGGCUGCAUCAUGACUGCAAACUUUGGCUCCGAGUUCCCCAAGAAAUUCAGCAGGUGUAGCCAGGUUGACCUAGAGUCAUUCGUGAUGAAGCCCCAGACAGGCUGCCUGACCAAUGCCCCAGAUGUCAACCGGUUCGUGGGUGGCCCCGUGUGUGGAAACGGAUUUUUAGAGCGUGGAGAGCAGUGCGACUGUGGUACACCUCAGGACUGUAAGAACCCCUGCUGCAAUGCUACCACUUGCCAGCUGGUCACAGGGGCGGAGUGUGCCUCCGGUGCCUGCUGCCAUAAGUGCAAGGUGAAGCCAGCUGGUGAGCUGUGUCGUCCUAUGAAGGACAGAUGUGACCUGGAGGAGUUCUGUGAUGGCCAGAGGCCAGCAUGCCCUGAAGAUGCUUUCCAACAGAAUGGCACACCCUGCCCUGGGGGCUACUGCUUUGAUGGGAACUGCCCCACACUGACACAGCAGUGCCAAGAUCUGUGGGGGCCAGGUGCCCGGGCUGCAUCAGACUUCUGUUUUACCUUUAACAUCCCUCAGGGUUGCAGUGGCAGUCUGUACCCUGACAGGAUGAACCGAUGUGGGGUGCUGUACUGUGAGGGAGGCCAGAAGCCCCCUGAACGUUCCUCCUGCACUUUCCCCACCAUAUUUGGAGUUUGCCAAGCCCUCUCCACAGACAGCAACACUGACACCUAUGAGCUAGUACUCCAGGGCAUCAAGUGCGAGGAGGGGAAGGUUUGCAUGAAUGGACACUGCCAGGACCUCCGUGUAUAUGGACCUGAGAACUGCUCUGCUAAGUGCAACAACCAUGGGGUAUGCAACCACAAGAGGGAGUGCCACUGCGAUGCGGGUUGGGCCCCACCCCACUGUGCACAGAGGCUGGCAGAUAUACCAGGUAAACAAGCAGCAUCUGGAAGCUUUCCAGUCGGUGUGCUGGUAUUCCUGGUGAUCCUGCUGGCUGCGAUGGUCAUCCUGGCAGGUGUCAUCAUCUACCGAAAGGCCCAGAGCCAAGUCCAGAGGAGGAGUGUGGCACCCAAGCCCACCACAGGGCUCUGCAACCCCCUGUUCUACACAGGGGAUGGCAGCCUGCCAGAUAAGAGCAGGCCUCCAGGCCCUCCAGAUGUAGUUUCGACCAACCAGCCCCUGAGACCCACAGAGACACCAAAGAGGCCGCCCCCUGCACCUCCAGCUGCUGUGUCCUGUCCACCACUCCCAGUUCCAGUUUAUGCCCAGCAGGUGCCAGAUCUGCUUAAACCUGUUCCACCCACCAUGCCCCUCCCAAAGCUGAAACCCAAGCAGGUCAAGCCAAACUCUGCACCCCCAACACCACCAGUCAAGCCUGGGACUGAAGGGCCCAUGCCUGGAGUGACUCAGGUGAGCCCCCAUCAGGAAGGGUCUGUCUUGCUGGAACCAUCCUGCUGACUGGCAUUGCUCUGGAGGCUGGG